GACUGAUACAAAGUAGCACAAGCUGUCUGUUCACAAACAUCAGGGAUACUGGAGUACCUACGGCAGGCUGCGGUCCGGGUAGGGGGAGGGGGAGGACGAAGGCAACUGAGACCAUAGACCACUGACUUCCACCCGCAGAAGACUUUACCGAGAAAUAAAAUAUCGUAUGUUUUUUUGUGAUUCCUGCCCCGCCGCGCGCAUGAAAAGUGAACUGGAGAGAUAUUCGAGCCGUUUUUCGUUUAGCUUUCCAGAUGUAAAUGUUCAACUUCAUGGGUCUAAUAAACGGUACAGCGGCCAUACAGACCAAUGUAUCCUGUACAUGUAACUGCAAACGCUCGACUUCAUUCCAAAGCAUGGAGAUCACCCAGUUGGAGUUUGUGCAGAUCCUGGUGAUCGUUGUGGUGAUGAUGGUGAUGGUGGUAGUGAUCACCUGCCUGCUCAACCACUACCGCCUGUCAGAACGCUCCUUCAUCUCCAGGGACAGCCAGGCCCGCAGACGCCACCUACCACUGGCCUCUGAUGGGAGUCUGUGGUCCUCAGAUGGCCCAGGUCCCGCCAGUGGAAUGAGCGAGCAGCAGGUGUACACCACGCGUCCCCCAGACCGCGUCCCCUCCUAUCUGCAGAGGGAGCGUCUGGCCCGCUUCCAGCCCACCUAUCCCUACCUACCCCACCCCAUCAUUGACCUGCCUCCCACCAUCUCGCUGUCGGACGGCGAAGAGCCGCCGCCCUACCAGGGCCCCUGCACUCUGCAGCUCCGCGACCCCGAGCAGCAGAUGGAGCUUAACAGGGAGUCGGUGCGUGCGCCCCCCAACCGCACAGUCUAUGACAGCCACCUCCUCGACACCUCCCUGUGCCCACCGCCCAGCCUCAACUCCGGGAUCAGCACUACCACGGUAGCCACGGCUGCCCAGGCCUACUCCAGCCGAGUGGAAGGGGCACCACCAACUUAUAGCGAGGUGAUAGGGCACUACUACCACCCCUCUUCACUACCCAGGCAACACCACCAGACUUCCAGUGGCGGCAGGGGCGCAGGGCGUGGAGUCAGGUUAGGAGGCCCGGGUCCCUCGUCGCCGUCCUUGCUACUCCACGGGAUUCUCAAGCAGGCCCACCUGAGCAGCCUGGAGAGCAGGAACGUGUGCAACAAGAAGGAGAAGCAGACUCCUGAACAGGUGUGACGACAGUGUUGGUCUCGGGCAUUGUUUUCCGAGGCUGCUUUCUCCUUCUCCGCGCACUUUAGCUGAACUGUUGGUGGCAAGCAGGGUUGGAGAGGGUGACAUGCAGUGGCGGGGGGGGGACAGGCGCACAAAGAAAAAGGACUGCACUCCCCUCUCAACUUUACCCCCGGUCACCGUCUUACUGAACCCCCCCCCCCCCAAAACUUACGUUGUAUAAAUAUUUACUUGUUUAUUUUCCUUGCUUACAGCUUUUUUUCUGUACUGGCAAAUGCAAAAACAACAAAACAAAAUUCUCUCCAAGUAUUUAGGUUUAUUUUGUUUUGUCUGCAUAAUUUCUAGUUACUUAUCUCCUCAUAGUUUAUCCUUAGUUCCUCCGGAAGACUUUCAGAAUGACCAGGUCUUCCUUUUUUUAAGAUGCAGAUGGUUAUUUUAGUGAGCCUCCCCCGAACCCCUUUCUGGCUUUGAAUACUGUCCGUGUACCUGGCUUGUACAGGGAGGGCAUUGAUAGCACUCUUGUAACAGGUUGACAGUUUCAGACUCUCACGGGAUCCAAGAUUGAGAUUCAUACGUUAGCCUGAGUUAGCCUCUCAGCUCAUGACCCAGUUAGCCUCACUGCCAGACAGAUCCCCAUCACUCCCCGUCAAUCUGCAUCAGAGGGUGCGGUGGUCAACGUUGGCAUCUAUGGAAACACAUGAUUGACAGCUGACUGGGUUUGUGGUGUCAGGCCAUGUGUGUCAACAUGAGUACUGGAGUAGAGUCCUGAGUUUGGGUCAAUUGAGUUCAUCACUGUGCCCACUGAAGUCAUAUAUAUCCACCGUGCUGUACUAUCUAGACCCAUCUGAGGUUAGUACUGUACUUUAGUUCUUUGUCUAUUCAUGUUUAGUACUGUCUGUGGGUCUUUGGCCAGACAAGUUCAGGAGUUCCUAUGUGCGAAUACUCUCAUUGUUUUUUUUUAUUAUGAUCUUUUUUAAAGAGAUGUUUGCACAAGAUUCAAGACUGUUUAUCUGGAGAAAAAGAAAAUCAAUCUGCAAUAUGUAUCAUAAGAGAGGAGAGGAGCGGUAUUUUUGUAAACAAAUGGAUUCUAAAGAUAAAAAAACAUUUUUUUUAAAUGUUUUGCCUGCUCUAGAAGAAAAGGUAAAAACGGUAAUCUGUUGGUGUGCCAACUCAAACGUGUUUAACUUUGUGCUAUCUAUACAUAUACAAAUUAUUGGCACCCUGAUAAAGAUAAGCAAAUAAGUAAAAACAAACAACAUUUUAUCUGUUAUAUCAUUCUACUUUUUUUAAAUUAAUCUCAGUUUAUGGAACUUUAUUAUUUCCUUCCAUGAAUUCCUGUUUCACUGGGGUAUAACAAUGAGGUAACACGCAUGUAAAAUCCCUUUGUCAUCCAUCACCAUGGGGAAAGGCAAAGAACUCACAAAUGAAAAGAGACAAAUGGUUGUUGACCUGCAUAAAUCAGGCAAUGGGUACAAAAAACAAAUAUACCACUUACCACUAUUAGGGAAACAAUUAAGGAGUUUAAAACCACUGGAGCAAUGGUAAACUUGCCUGGUAUUGGAUGCAUGUGUAUAUUGUCCCCAUGCACAGUGAGGAAGAUGGUUUAGGAGGCAAUGAACAAUCUAAAGGCCAAAAUUGGAGAAUUACAAAACUUUGUCGUAUCUACAAUUAAAUGCCACUUCCAUGCCAAAAUGUCUUUGGAAGGGUUGCUAGAAAAAAGCCUUUAUUGCAAGCAUCCCACAAAUGUAAACGCCUGGAAUUUUCUAAAUGGCACAGAAUGGUACCUGUGCUAUGGUCAGAUGACAUGAAAAUAGAACUCUUUGGCCAAGCACACCAAUGGUGGUUUGGCAUUGAGAGAAGGAUGCAUAUACAGAAAAUAACCUCACUCCUACUGUAAUAUAUGGUGGUGGGCCUUUGACGUUAACUUGGCCGCAAGUGGACAUUCAAGCAAGACAAUAACCCCAAGCACACAUCAAAAUCCACAGAGAAGUAGUUAAUUGACCAGAAAAUCCAAAUUUUACAAUGGAAAUAAAAGUCUCCGGGCUUGAACCCCAUUGAAAACCUGUGGUUUGAAUUAGAGGGCAGUCCAUAAGCACAGACAAGAUAUAUCAAGGAUCUGGAAAGAUUCUGUGUGGAGGAAUGGUCUAAGAUCCCUCCCAAUGUGUUCUCCAGUCUCAUAAAACAGGGUGCCGGAGUAUUGAAAACAGAGGUGACAAUAAUUUUGACACAUAUCUUGCAUCUCUGAGCAAUUGUAUUAGUAUAAAAUAAUGUAAUUUCCCAACUUUUUGGCAGCAUACAAUAUAGCGCAGUAUUUGUAUUAUUUAUUUUACUAAGGAUUUUGCUCAUCUUUAUCAAAUGUGCCAAUCAUUUUAGACAUGACUAUAUAUGUAUCAAUGUAUGUGUGUGUGUGUGUGUGUGUGUGUGUGUGUGUGUGUGUGUGUGUGUGUGUGUGUGUGUGUGUGUGUGUGUGUGUGUGUGUGUGUGUGUGUGUGUGUGUGUGUGUGUGUGUGUGUUCUAUAAACAGUACCAGUCAAAAGUUUGGACACACCUACUCAUUCAAAAGUUUUUCUUUAUUUUUACUAUUUUCUAUAUCGUAGAAUAAUAGUGAAGACAUCAAAACAACAUAUGGAAUCUUGUAGUAACCCAAAAAGUGUUUAAAAACACUAGAUAUAUUUUAUAUUUCAGAUUCUUCAAAGUAGCCAACCUUUGCCUUGAUGACAGCUUUGCACACUCUUGGAAUUCUCUCAAACAGCUUCAUGAGGUAGUCUCCUGGAAUGCAUUUUAAUUAACAGGUGUGCCUUGUUAAAAGUUCAUUUAUGGAAUUUCUUACCUUAAUGCGUUUGAGGCAAUCAGUUGUGUUGUGCCAAGGUAGGGGUGGUGUGCAGCCGCAAAAACCAUCAAGCGCUAUGAUGAAACUGCCUCUCAUGAGGACCGCCACAGGAAAAGAAGACCCAGAGUUAGCUCUGCUGAAGAGGAUACGUUCAUUAGCGUUACCAGCCUCAGAAAUUGCAACAUCAACUGUUCAGAGGAGACUGUGUGAAUCAGGCCUUCAUGGUCAAUUGCUGCAAUUAACCACUACGAAAAUACACCAAUAAUAAGAAGAGACAUGCUUGGACCAAAAAACACAAGCAAUGGACAGACAUUAGGUGGAAAUCUGUCCUUUGGUCUGAUGAGUCCAAAUUUGAGAUUUUUGGUUCCAAAAGCCGUGUCUUUGUGAGAUGCAGAGUAGGUGAACAGAUGUUCUCCGUGUGUGUGUGGUUCCCACCGUGAAGCAUGGAGGAGGAGGUGUGAUGGUGUAGGGGUUCUUUGCUGGUGACACUGUCAGUAAUGUAUUUAGAAUUCAAGGCACACUUAACCAGCAUGGCUACCACAGCAUUCUGCAGUGAUACGCCACCCCAUCUGGUUUGCACUUAGUGGGACGAUCAUUUGUUUUUCAACAGGACAAUGACGCACCACACCUCCAGGCUGUGUAAGGGCUAUUUGACCAAGAAGGAGAGUGAUGGAGUGCUGCAUCAGAUGACCUGGCCGCCACAAUCACCUGACCUCAACCCAAUUGAGAUUGUUUGGGAUGAGUUGGACACUCUUGGCAUUAUGAAGAUGCCACAAUGACUGUUGGAAAAGCAUUCCAGGUGAAGCUGAUUGAGAGAGUGCAAAGUGUGUGCAAAGCUGUCAUCAAGGCGUAACUACUUUGAAGAAUCUAAAAUAUAUUUCAAUUUUUUUUGUAACACUUUUUGCUUUCUAAAUGAUUCCAUAUGUGUUAUUUCAUUGUUUUGAAAUCUUCACUAU